UGCAAAUUUGAUCCUUUGGCUAAGACCUGAUUUGCAUUUGUCCUCAGUUUUCACACGUCCUCAUCCCUAAGUAAGCAUCAUGCUUUUUCUGUCGCGUCCAUGCCAAUGUAUAUCUCUAUAAUGUCAUCCAAACAGCAAUUUAGGUUAUCAUCACCGUUCAACUUUAUGGUUUUCUUAUUCUUUCCAUCUCACUUUUUCUUGUUCCUCUGUUUUUUCCUCCUUUUUUUGUUUUUUUGGUUUCCCAUCUCACUUUUUCUUUUUCCUCUGUUCAUUUUUUUCCCCUUUCCGAUUGUAUAAUUUUGAUAUAGAAGCUCGUCCCACAGUGUGUAUAUAUAUGACUACUUAACACAAGAAAGAAGAGAAACCCUCAUUGAACUUAUCAUACAUUAAUUAUAUGCUCUUAUCACAUUCCUGUCUUAGUCUUUCCUCCCUUCAUCAAAACUCCUAUACUGAUCCUGUCUUAACAUAUACAUAAAAGAAAAUUAUAUAAGAUUAGCAAUCAUUGUUAACAUCCAAAAGAUCCAAAGUGGAUAGAAGACAUGGAAAGCGGUCAGUUCCACAGGAAGCACCGUCGUCGGAGAACAAUGACAUAGCGUUCUCAAGCUCCCAUGGCCAGUACUCAACUUAUUACAAUAACACCACUAUGCCUCUCGAGCCUGUUGGGGCCUCCCCACGGCAAGAAAAAAGAAGUGGUAAGAGGCAUUAUAGAGGAGUGCGGCAGAGACCAUGGGGAAAAUGGGCAGCAGAAAUACGAGACCCGAAGAAAGCAGCUCGAGUAUGGCUCGGGACAUUUGAUACAGCAGAGGAUGCAGCUCUUGCAUACGAUGAAGCUGCUCUCCGAUUCAAAGGCUCCAAAGCUAAGCUCAACUUUCCUGAAAGACUUCUUCAAGGCCAGCCUCAGUUGCUCAGUACUAGUGCUGAACCUGGAAGUGGAUCAGCUUCUUACAAUUUUCCGCAGCACUCUGAAUUUAAUAGUAACAAUACUAGUACUAUUUCAUAUGAAGCUUAUCCGCACCUUCUCCAGUAUGCCCAGCUACUUUCCAGCAAUAAUGAUGCUGAAUUCCCUUACUUGACUUCAGCUCUUUAUAAUAAUCAAGAUGCUGGUGGUUCCACGAUCAGCGCAAAUAUUCCCCAGCAGCUGCAACAACAUGAUUUUCCGCCCCACCAUGAAAGUUAUCCUAGUUAUUCUGAUUAUCAAAAACAUGACGACACCCAAAUGGAUUAAGGUAUCCUACACGCAUAUAUUUUAUUUGAAGAAGUGACAACAUGAUGCGGCUAUACAUUAUAUAUGUGCUGCAUGCCAUGGGAAUUAUAUAUUAAGGUCUGUAGAUUUCUAUUCGAAUAUUUCAAAUUGUUGUUGUAACAGUUUUUCUCAUCAAUCGUUCUGAUGAAGAUAUUUAGUUCAAAUUUUUCAGCGAA